ACGGGAGCACGCCACGUGAAAGUAGGAAGGGGAGGCUAUAGCCGGACCGACGUCGCUUCGUGCGCCUCAGUCGUUCGUGGACCUCGAAGGACGAUAGAGGUCGAAGAGGGCACUUCCUCCUCUCCUGCCUCGCGGACUCUUUCGGCACCGUUCUUCCUCGAGCCACCUCCGGCCUCCUUCCUCUUCUUCUUCUUUUUCUUCUUCUUCCUUUUUCUCCUCUUUCUCCUCCUCCUCUUUCCUCGCACGACCUCGGUGACGAGGGCAUCGCAACAGGAUAAUCGUCCACACGGCCCAAGGAUUUCGCCGGCGCGAGGAUAUCGUUUCGUAAAGUCACCACCGCCGGGAACGUCGUCGUGGUAAUCGGGAGAUAACAGCCGGAAGAAUGCGUCGUCAAGUCUCGAUCGUCCUCGGGAUCGUCCUGCUGGGCUGCUUUCAAGAUUAUGUGUCGGGAGCGUGUCCCAGGAUAUGUCCACCGAGCGGUGAGCCCGUUUGCGGCAGCGACGGUGUCAUUUACGCGUCGCAGUGCGAAAUGCGGAAGAAGAUGUGCGGAAAGGGCGUUACCGUGGCCACGGAGAAGACGGCUUGCCUGAGGUCAUCCGGUAGCAAGUGCGAGCAUCGCUGUCCGGGCGAUCAAGAUCCGGUAUGCGGCACCGAUGGGCGUACCUACCUGAACAAGUGCAUGCUCAGGGUGGAGAUCUGCCGGGUCGGCAUCGAGCUGUCCCAUCUCGGGCCUUGCAACAAUAUUUCGGCCCACAGGGAGAAUUGCCCGGUCUCGUGCGACUUUGCGCCGCUCGACGGACCGGUUUGCGGAAGCGACGGAAACGUCUACAAGUCUACGUGUCAGAUGAAGCUGCUCACUUGCGGCCAAGGCGUCGUGCGUACGAAUAAGAAGCAUUGCCAGACCACAAGACAUUGUCGUGAAUCGUGCUGGCGUGGUGCCAAGCCUGCCUGCGGUAGCGACGGCAUUUUGUACUCGAACACCUGCAAAAUGCGAGCGAAGAACUGCGGUAAACACGUCUUCGAGGUGCCGAUGUCGUUCUGCGUGUCCCGGGAACGGACGUCUGGGGGUCAAUCGAACGCCUGUCCCCUGGACUGCAAAAACGAGCCGGAAGUGUCGGUGUGCGGAUCGGACGGAAGUAUAUAUAGGAAUGAGUGCGAGAUGCAAAUGCUAAACUGCGGGCAUGCGAGAAGAAAGGUAACGGUAGUGGACUUCGAGAAGUGUCGGUCCCGACUAACGAAAUGCAUGAAGCAACAGCAGAGGUGCGGAAGCGAGGUGGAUCCGGUUUGCGGUAGCGACGCGAAUACCUACCCGAACCAAUGCCAUUUGAACGUGGCGGUUUGCUUAAAGGGCAUCCAAUUAGCUCACGUCGGCGAGUGCACGACCUUGAAGGAGAUCGAACAGUGCCCCGAAGACUGCGCCGAAGUACCCGAGGAACCAGUUUGUGGAAGCGACGGCAACGUUUAUCGAUCCCUCUGCCAUCUGCGACGUGAGACUUGCGGCCAGAGGGUCGUUCAAGUUCCGGCGCAACAUUGUCGCACCACCGCGCUCUGCAACCAGAUCUGCACCGGGGAGCGCCAGUUUGUUUGCGGCUCCGACAACAAGCUCUAUCGCAACGAGUGCGAGAUGAAGAGGGACAAUUGCGGGAAACACGUUUAUGUGGUCCCCAUGAAGAGAUGUGUCCAAGGCUUCCUGUUCCGUGGCUGCCAGAAGAUCUGCCCGCCUUACUACGACCCCGUGUGCGGCACCGACGGCAUGACGUAUAGUAACGAGUGUUUCCUAGAGAUCGAGAACUGCCGCAGCAGAAGUCUCGUCACGAAAAAAUACCACGGAGUUUGCGGUCAACCGACAGAGGAGCCGAAAAAUUAUCUGUACUAAGUUCGACCGAUCUAGCCACGAUUUGACAAGGUGACAGGAGAGAAGAAAUCAGCAAAAUAAAAAAAAAAAAGAGGAGAGAUCGAGAAGAUAAUUUAACUUGUAGCUCCCAGAACCGGGAAUUGACGAUUGCUAUGCAUUCAUUCGUCAUGAGUAUUCAAUCACUCGGCGAGCUAACUGCAAUUUCGCUGAUCGAUCGAAUAUUCGCUCUGCUGUUCGCGACAAUCUAGACGCACCAUCGUGAUGAGCGAUGCGAUAGAGAAUAAUUCGCGCGAAUUCGGCUACACUCGACUUUGACGACCGGAAACGCACUGAAUGUCUUCUUCCCACGGAGGAAAACGCGCUCGGGAAAAACGAGCAUCUUGCCAGUCGCAGUCCGGAUUGUUAUCGUAUUGUUACUGCUAUUAUUACUGUACUUCUAUGAUAAUAAUAUUGCCGCGAUUGCCGAUCCUUUCUCGGACGUUACUUUGCACGAUUGCGAAGCGAUUUCGCGCCAUUACGAUUAAUGCAAAUCGGCAUUUUGUAUGAGGAAUUCGGCAGAUAAUUGCCUGUGAUAAAUUUCGAGAAAUUGUUUUUGAUGCUUUGCAAAUCGAGAGAAGGGUCGCCAGUCGCGCAUCGAUAUAGUCCUUUCGAUAUCUUCGCACAUAAUUGACGGUAUAGACUCAUUAUUAUUUAUUGUAGCAUUAAUCAUUGCAUACGACACACGAUUUCAUUUUUUCAUAGCUGCGCCCGUCGUUCUAAUUAUGGCUAUUAAUGUAUCUCGACGCAAUGUUGCCAGAGCGUACUCUUACUCAAUAUUGUGCUAUUGUAUCUUCUUCCGAUAUGUGAUGUGUGUUCAAUUGACUAUAUAUAUAUAUAUAUAUAUAUAUAUUAUUAUAUUAUAUCAUCAUUGCAAUUUUUUAAUUUAUUAUCGAGUAUGCGAGAAUCUUUCUUCUGUAUCAACACUAACACUGUAUACGCUUCCAACGUCAAUAAUAAAUCAUAUAUGUAUAUUUUAAGAUA